ACUGUCCUCACAACAUAUAUAAGUGAUGCUUGUCUAAGAUGCUUAAGAUUGAACUCUCAAGCAAAUUUAUAAGGACAACUGGACUAUCAUUUUGGUGAAGUCAUGGGAAUCCUACAGGAUGAUGAGCUGAUCACAGGCAAUACAAAUGGGAACAAACAGCAGGAUGACAUUCUCACACAGAAACAUCCAGAUGAAGAAUGCAAGAGCUCUGUGGCCAACAGGAAACAAGAUAAACUGAAAACCUUUAAUAACCUUCAAUGUGACAAUGAUGUUAUAAUCACAAGUUUUAAUACUGAUAACCGCACUAAUGACAUCCAAGAGAUUCUACAGGAGAGUCAGAACAUAAAAAAUAGUGCAGCCUACAAAACACAGCUGGACCAAGAGAUAGUGAAUGAUUUUGUUGAUGAAGAUGACUUCCUGAAGGCAGCAAUGGAUAACAAACAGUCAAUGAUUAAGAGUUACCUCGCCAGGGGUGCAGACCCAAACGCAUGUGAUAAUUUCAAUUGUACAGCUCUACACAAAGCUUGCUCCCAAGGCAAUGUAGAGAUUGUGAAAAUGCUGUUAGAGGCUGGCGCUUCAAUAGGAAAUAAGGACAAGCUUCAAGCAACUGAAGUUCACUGGGCUUGUCGUGGUGGAAGCUUGCCUGUGCUUGAAUCACUACUUAACCAUGGGGCAAAACUGGAUUCCAGAGACAAGCUUCGCAGCACUCCCCUACAUGUGGCAGUAAGGACGGGACACUACGAAUGUGCUGAACAUCUUGUUCACUCUGGCGCAGACAUCAAUGCAAAAGACAUGGAGGGUGACACACCAUUGCAUGAUGCAGCCAGGCUGAAUCGCUUCAGAUUCAUCCAGCUGCUUCUUCUGCAUGGAGCUGACUUAAACCUCAAGAAUUGCGAGGGAAAAUCACCGAUGGACAGUGUUUGUGAGUGGCAGAAUGGAGCUAAAACCCUCUUUAAAAACUUGAAGGAUGGUAAAAAAUAGAAGCAGAAUAAUACACUUGACUACCACACCUAUUCAUAAGAUCAGUCUUUGAAGAUAAUUUGCAUAAAGACCAGAAUUUUUAGACUGCCUACAUAUUUGAAUCUGAGGAGGGUUCAUCACACGUCAAAAAGGCAAAUUUCCUCCAAGCACUCGGUCUAUUAAAUCAUGGAUAAGGCAGAAAGGAAUAAAAAAAAAAAAAAAAAAAACUUCAUGGAAUACAGGGCUCUCUUUUCACAUGAAAAUAUAUUGCUUAAAAUCGCUCCAUUGCGGAGAAUAAGAUUGGCUUCAUGUUUGAUCAUGAUGACGGGUUGAAGGCUUUAUUUUAUUUUAAUAUAUAAUACAAUUUAAUGACACAAUGCACUUAGUGAGAAGUAAUUUUGUACUUGGUUUAAUUUAUCUGUACAGUUUGCUAACUAUUCUUUCAAAGGUUAACUAAAUAAAUGUCAUUUUUACCAUAUCUGUAUACAUUUUCAAUUUAAAGUGGAUUUGCAAAACUUGGAAACAAAAGACUGUAGAUUCUAUGGGAAAUGUCAAUAAAAAAAAAAAAGAAGACAAAAUGCCUUCAAUAAAACACAAUGGUUAAUAAA